CGUUAUUAGCACGACGCUCUAACCAACUGAGCUAAUGGGCCAUGUUGAUAAUAAACAUUUUUUGGUUUUAUUUAUUGCAUGUUUUAUUUUUACAUAUGUUAUUUGUCAUCUGUAUUUAGAUCAAUGUUAAUCCAGCGUAAAACUUACGAAGUCGACAGCAAAUCGAAAAUCAAACGGAGGCGAAAGUGAUUUAAUUUAAACAUGAAAGAUGAUUACGAGACUGAGGAGAAAAAACAAGCUGCUGCAGAUGUUUUGUUCAGUUAUUCAAAAUUUGUGGCUGCCUGUAUUGGUAAUCGUGUUCAUCCUUGUGAUUUAAGAAUGCAUCUUAUGAAGGAAAUAUCAGGAAUGCCAACAACCCUAAACCCUGAAUCUUUUCCUGUUGCAAAAUCUCCAGAUGCAAUGGGCGGCUCAUCAAGCUCUGGUACAGCGAGGCUUGAUAAAGCAGAUAGCUUUCGUGCACUAUAAACCAAGGACCGAAAGUUAUGUAUUGCCUGGAUCCUGCUACUCUUUUUUUGUUUCUCUCCGCCCGUAUAUGUAAAAAGAUGGCGAAUGUUUAGUAUUGGCAUGGUGCCUGGGGUUGGACUCAAAAUGAUUGUGAAUAUGUUUACAAUUUUAAAAUUUUAUGCCAUUGGUUACUACUCUAGUUCAAAAGAAUCAAAAACAAAA